UAAAGACCUAGUCAAAAAUAAACAAAGACUAAAAUUGUAGCUCAAUCAUUACUAAAAGUAAGACAAAUUACAGCGUUAAGGUUUUCCCAAAAUGACUGAAAACGCCCAUGUGAGAACAGGAGUAAAAUCCUAGCUAGAUAUUAUGUCUAAAAUUCAAAAAUCCUACCUCGGUAUAUACUUCAACAUUACUGAGCAGCACCAUAGAACAGUGAGGUUCUGUAACUCAUACAUGAGUUCAGUUCAUUUAUACUGCAAACGAAAAAUUUGCGUGUGUGUAUUGUUGUAGUAAAACAUCAGGUUGGUGCUGUGUUGUGAUUGGCGCCCUGCAGAGUGUCUGUGGUGCUGAGGAAUAUAAAGAGAGUGAACAGUGCCCUGCACUUUCUUUCCUCCUUCUUCUCUCUGAUUUCUAUGGAGAUAUAAAGAGAUAUAUAGGCGCCGUUUGUCUGUACAGCACAGAUACUACAGCUUGACUGACAGGUCCAGCUUCCUGUUUCAGACGUUUUCAAAUAAAUGGAAUUUCACCAAGAUGAAAACGAGUCUUCUGGAUUCAGAGUUUAGGGACUGGGCACUGUUCAUGGUCAGGCUGAGGUCUGACUGAUUGCAGAAGUAAAUGUUUUAGGGACAACACUUUUUGGACAAGAUCUGCUGCAGCGGCAUCCUCCAACCAUCCUCCAACCAUCAUCCAACCUGCUCCAACAAGUGCAGCUGCAGGGACUUCAGUGCCACCCCUGCCCUCACACCCUCUCUCACAAUGACAACAUUUGACUUUUCGGACGUGGAGGCGUUUCUUGACUGUCACCCUGACCUCUUCGAGGCGUACUUGAUCCGAAAGGCGAAAUGCGACCAGGUUAGCAGGUGGUUGAAGGAGCACCAGCCGUCGAAGGGCAGCGCAGCCGAGGAGAAGCGCGGCGCAGUCUGGGACCCGCUGUGGUCGAGCAAUCCGGACGGACUGCGGCGCAGAUCGUCCCACAUGGAGCUGCGCCGCAACUUCGCCAGGUCCAAAGCCACCACUGCGCACCGCACCUACGACGAGCAUGUGAGUCUGAGCGAACACGAGUCCCAGUCCAGCAUGAGGCGCCGUGCGCUCCUGCGCAAAGCCAGUUCCCUGCCACCGACCACAGCACACAUCCUGAGCGCGCUGCUGGAGUCCCGGGUGAAUGUGCCCCAGUACGCGUCCAGCGCCAUCGACUACAAGUACCGGCUCAAAGAAACCAACGAGAGAGAGUUCUUCCUGGAGUUAGUGAAGGACAUCUCCAACGAUUUGGACCUGACCAGCCUGAGCUACAAGAUCCUGAUCAACGUCUGCAUCCUGGUGGAUGCAGACAGGUGUUCGCUAUUCCUGGUGGAGGGACCGGCUCAUAAGAGGACACUGGUGUCCAAGUUUUUCGAUGUGCACUCAGGCACCACAGUCAGACCAUCCUGCAACUCACUCAACUCCAAUGAGGUGCAGGUGCCCUGGGGGAAAGGCAUCAUUGGUUAUGUGGCAGAGCACGGAGAGACCGUCAACAUCCCGAAUGCCUAUGAGGACCACCGCUUCAGUGAUGAAAUAGACAAGUUAACAGGUUACAAGACUCAGUCCAUCCUCUGUAUGACCAUCUGUAACAGCGAUGGAGAAGUCAUCGGUGUUGUGCAGGCAAUCAACAAGAACCCCAUGGGCAGCCACUUCACAGAGGAUGAUGAGAAGGUGCUGCAGAUGUAUCUACCAUUCUGUGGGAUAUCGAUUUCCAAUGCCAAGUUGUUUUCUGAGUCUCGCAAAGAGUACGAAAGGAGCAGGGCUCUGCUGGAGGUGGUCAACGACCUGUUUGAGGAGCAGACUGACCUGGAGAAGAUCGUCAGGAAGAUUAUGCAGCGAGCCCUGACUCUGCUGCAGUGUGAACGCUGCUCCGUUCUUCUGCUGGAGGACAUUGACUCACCUGUUGUGAAGUUCUCAAAGACGUUUGAACUCAUGUCGCCCCUGUGUAACCUGGACCAUGACAUCAGCAUGGAGAAACUCUCAUGCUCUGAUUGGUUGAUUAAUAACAGUAUUUCUGAGCUGGUGGCUUCUACAGGACUUCCUGUAAACAUCAGCGAUGUAUGUCAGGACCCACGCUUCGAUGCUGAGGCAGAUCAAGCCUCUGGGUUUCACAUCAGAUCAGUGCUGUGUGUUCCUAUUUGGAAUCGAACGCAUCAGAUAAUUGGGGUCGCACAGAUUCUGAACCGACUCGACAGGAAGACUUUCAACGAUGCAGAUCAGAGACUGUUUGAGGCAUUCGUUAUUUUUUGCGGACUAGGAAUCAACAACACUAUGAUGUACAACCAAGUCAAGAAGACGUGGGCGAAGCAGUCUGUGGCUCUGGACAUGUUGUCCUACCAUGCAACCUGCUCUAAGGUGGAAGUCGACAGACUCAAGGCAGCCAAGAUUCCCCUGAGCACGGAGUUAGGCAUCGACGAGUUUCACUUUAAUGACUUCUCUUUGGACAAUGACGCCAUGAUAACUGCGUCACUGCGAAUGUUUUUGGAUCUUGGUGUCGUGCAGAAGUUCAAAAUUGACUAUGAGGUGCUGUGCCGCUGGCUUCUGACUGUAAGGAAGAACUACCGGACUGUGGUGUACCAUAAUUGGAGGCACGCCUUCAACGUGUCCCAGUGCAUGUUUCUGAUGAUCACAACAGCUAAAUUCCAGGAUGUUCUGUCGGAUGCAGAGAUCCUGGCUCUGAUGGUCGGCUGCCUGUGUCAUGAUUUGGACCACAGAGGCACCAACAAUGCCUUCCAAGCCAAGACAGGUUCUGCGCUGGCUCUGCUCUAUGGGACCUCGGCCACACUGGAGCAUCACCACUUCAACCAUGCAGUCAUGAUCCUCCAGAGUGAGGGUCACAAUAUCUUUGCCAGUCUCUGCUCCAAGGAAUACAGCAACAUGAUGCAACUUCUGAAACAGGCCAUUCUCUCCACAGACCUCACUCUACACUUUGAGCGCAGAACAAAAUUCUUCGAGACGGUUUUGUCUGGACAGUUCAGUUGGACGGACGAAGGACACAGAGAGGUUUUCAGGUCAAUGCUGAUGACAUCAUGUGAUCUGGGGGCGGUCACGCGUCCAUGGAAGAUUUCGAAACAGGUUGCAGAGCUGGUGACGAGUGAAUUCUUUGAGCAGGGCGACAGGGAGAGGUCGGAGCUUAAGUUAACACCAGCAGCCAUAUUUGACCGUAAUCGCAAAGAUGAACUUCCUGCCCUACAGCUGGACUGGAUCGAUGGAAUCUGUAAACCACUGUACCAGGCACUGCUGAGGCUGAACAGGAAGUUGCAGCCAAUGGUGGACGGGAUCGAUGGCAAUCGAAAAAAAUGGCAAGAACUCUGCUCCACCUAUCAGCAGACGCGCAGAGACUCCGCGUCCAAUCAGAGCUCUGACUCAGAUCAGAGCCCCGAGUGCCAAGAGCGGGCAGAGAGCAGUCAACAGCGGGAGUCCGCAGAGACGAUGGAAAAGAACAAAUUUGGAUCAAAGUCUCAGUGCAGCCAGGAUUUCAAGUGCAAUGUUGGCACAGAUUCCUGUGAUGAUCGGCCAACGGCAGCUGGUAACACAACAUCUGCAGCAGAAAACUAAAGAGCACACUGUGUUCAGUGGAGGUUCCUCUGUUCCAAUGACUCACUGUGGACCUGUUUCUGUGCAGACUGUGCUUUUCUAACGCUCUUUAUUAACACUCGACAGAUUUUUUUUCUUUUUAAACACUGAGCAAAUUACAGUUUGAUUUUCAUUUGGCUUCUCUUGUCACGUGUGUGUAACUCAGGUUUGAUCAGACAUUUGAAUCCAUCCAUCAUCCAACCAUCCAUCCACCCUUCUGUAUAUCUCAUAACUAGGGAUGUCCGAUAUGAACUUUUUGCGGAUAUCCGAUGUGCCGAUAUUUUCCAAACAGAUAAUUUCCGAUUCCUAUAUGAACAAAUACCGAUAUAGGCCUGCUAAUAUUUAUUUAUUUAACUGUACAAACCACUUUGUUUUAACUACAACUUAUGUAUAAGAUUAAUUGAAUGAGCUGCAAUGCUGCCAUCUAGUGACUUUCACAUUAAUAUAUAGCUGU